AUGGCAUCAGGCGAGAAAAGGUCGAGCUUAUUGGGAGAAAAACGCGCGAGCGUCCAAAUGAAGACAAGUUUUUCAAAUGACGCUUAUAAGACACCGAUCAAGCAGAUUCUCACAGCUCCAUCACAGUCACAUUCUCGAAAAACUCCCUGUGGUCAGCUUUUCCUGUGUGCCAUGGGAGUGAUACUUAGCGUUGCAAUUUGCAUUUGGGCAGCCGCGUUCAGCCGUGAAACUGGAUGGCGGAAAGCGAUAUUCGUGUCCGCCGCAGCGUUCGUCGCACUUCUGUUCACAUUGCUCACAGUCAUGACGUUUAAGAGAGCCAAGAACCCGCCAGAGCCGGAGACAUUGCCUGACCUUUCGCAGAGAAGGUCAACAAUCGGAGCGCGAAUUAGUAAGCGCUCGAUCGCCGCUGGAAUGACCGGAGAUGAUAUUCCAACACAAGUUCUCGUUCAAGGCGCCCGAGGUUCAAUCAAUUCAUAA